AUGUCCGCUGAUCCCACUGCUAACCCGCAGGUCUUCUCCCCCACGGCUUCUGGCCGCUCCAGUCCCGUACCACGGUCCGCGCGCACUGCUGUACAAGAGCCACUGUAUAAAAAAGAUAAAAACUUCCGUCGCUAUGCCGCCGGUGUCGAACGCGCCCUCGCCCUCUGGGACACUGCACAGCAGGAAUGGGCCGACUACAUAUCUUUCCUGGGCCGGCUGCUGAAGGCCCUGCAAGCGCACCCUCCAGAGAUACCCAUCAUACCACAUAGCGAUACUGUCGCACUGCGAUUAGCGCAGUGCUUGAAUCCAACAUUGCCCUCGGGCGUUCACCAGAAAGCCCUCGACGUCUAUGACUACAUCUUCUCCACCAUCGGUAAAAAUGCCCUCGCUCGUGACCUCAACCUCUACUUCCCCGGCCUUGCCUCUGUGCUUUCCUUCGCCUCGCUCUCGGUCCGCCCACUCUACCUCUCCGUCUUCGAGAAGCAUAUACUAAAGCUCGACGGAGCCGCACUUCGCCCGGCCUUGAAGGCCAUCAUACUGUCAAUCCUGCCUGGUCUGGAAGAUGAGACAAGCGAGGAUUUUGAGCGCAUGGUCUCGGCAACGGAGAAGUUGCGGAGCGCAGUGCAGGACAACUCGGACGACAUAGUCGAGGCUAAGACUGCGGGUGCUUCAUCUCACUUUUGGCAGUGCUUCUUCCUAGCGACCAUCACCAACCCAUCCAGGAGGCAAGGUGCACUUGCUUUCCUCGUACGACGAUUGCCUAAAUUCGGACGGCCAGAGAGGCGCAGCUCUCCUCCAGAUGUCUCCAGACCUUCUGACGCGCUAUCGGGCGAGGCCGAGGCAGCCACAUCCCCCGAGCCAGGUCUCCUCAUUCGCUGCUUUGGAUCAGGCCUGUCGGACCCUCAGAUACUCAUCCAGCGAGGAUUUCUCGAUCUUUUGGUCAGUCAUCUGCCUCUCGACUCACCCGUCUUGCAGGAGCGCGUUGGAAAGGGGGAUUUAGAGCGACUAGUAGCUGCAGCCGCAGGCGUUGUGUCGCGAAGAGACAUGAGCUUGAAUCGCCGGCUCUGGGCAUGGUUCCUAGGUCCAGAGCCCACUGCGUCUGAAGUAAACGACAGCACCACAUCCCCAACAGCAGACAGACACAACGUGUCUGCAGAUCCGUCGGCACAUCAAGCUGCUUUCUUUUCGCGGUACGGUCUUGAAGCGCUUACCAACAGCGUCCUCAAGAUGAUCAACCGUCGUAGCACAUUACCUUCCGAGCGAGCACGUCCUUUCAGAGUCUGUCUAUCUCUCAUGGACCGUUGGGAAGUAGGUGGUUUGAUUGUACCCGAGAUCUUCCUGUCAGCGUUACAGAGCGUAUAUGCGUACAGCGAAACUGCAUCCAAGGAACAAGUCGACGAAGUCAUGAGAAGUGCCAGUGCAUUCUUCGAUGGCGUCGAUAGCGGCCUCAUCUGGGGCAAGCUCAUUCAUCUCAUAACGUCAUCCCUGCAGACGGAUGAUGACGAAGCAUUACAAAAGAUGAAGCUGGCCAAGUUUGUUCUGGCCCGAUUCAAUCUCAAAGAGGAAGACAUGCUAUUGCAUCACAUGCCUCUAAUGGUACUAUCGACACUUGUUGCUUUGAAUGAGACCUCUGGCAAGACCGACAGCUCAUCAAAAGACGCACAAGUUGUGAGCCUUGCCCUCGAGAUCACAGACUCGCUUAUUCAGAUUGUCCCAGAUCGGUCAUUUCAAGGUGAUCAAGCAACGGAGCAGCAGCUAUUGGCAACUCUCAAAACACCGCGAGCCACAGUGUCCAAGAAGAUACGUGCAUUCUAUGAAGAAUCUCAAAGAAGCUUGGAUGCAGCUGACCCGCCUUUCGAUCCGCCACUGCUUGGUCAGAUUGCGCUUCGUGAGGCCUCUUGCAUGUUCACCGCAUCUAUGCAGUCAAAUGGUUCCGGUAUCACUGCCGAGAUGCCUUCCAAAAUAUUAUCCAAUCUGGUCUUCAAAACACAGUGUCUUAAGGCCGUUGAAGAUAUUGACCUAGUCACUAUGCUUGCAAAUGUCCUUCAGACAUCGGACAAGACCGACACAGAUCCUUCAUUCCCGCACCUAGGCGCUAUAACAGCCGUCUUACUCGCACUCCAGACCGCACUCCCAUCAAGACCUCACAUCGCCUCAAGCCAAUUACCUGAGAUCAUCCAUCCCUUGGUUCGAUACUUCUGGCGGUACCUUUCGCCGACAUCACCCAAAUACCAUGUCGAAACAGCGCGUUCCUUGUUACAAUUACAUGCCAUUACACCUGCCAGUCGGAUGGUCGAAAGUGCCAUCGCUUCGAUCAUCGUAGAGGAGACCGGCCAAGAUUCCGUUUCUAAGAGCUCAUCAGAUUGUGCCCGACGUUUUGCGACACUAUGGACGCAUGUCAUGCACGAACUGAACCUGCAGUCAGAAAAGCGUGUCAAUAUUACUCGCCGACCAAGUGGUAACAUUCUACAAGCCUCGUCAACAGCAAGCGACUUCCACUCUGUCUUGACAAGGCCGCUGCUCUUGCUUCUUGACACUCUCGCAGAAGAAGGGUCGGAAACCUCUACGUUUUUGCAAAAUUGGCUACCAGAUACGCCAAGCUUGAACAGAGUCUUUGAGAUCCUUGCAGUUCAUAUCCAAUCACUCAACUGUCUGGCAGCUUUAAGCAAUUUGGCACCUAAUACGACAACCCAGGGACCAGCAGCACGUUCCAGAAGAGACGACACAAAGGAAUGCCUAUACUACCUGAGGCAUGUCUUUAAUGUCAUCAAGCGGCCAUCACAUUUCACGUGGGUAACUCUUGCUGAGGUCACACUGUCCUGGCCAGAACCCUCCUCACCGCGUAUCUCCAUCCAGGAGUGGCUCACACGUACAUGUUUGACGACACUGUCGCUUCAAAUUGGCUCAUCAGAUACAGUUAUAGGGCCUCACAUACAUGAGCUACACCGGUUGUCGGUCUCUAUGAUAUCGCAAAUCUAUCGAAGUCCAUUUGCUGCACCACUUCGAGAGUUGGAGCUUGAAGUACCUCUAAUGGCAAGGUUAAGAUCAGCGAGUCCGCCUUUGCAGAGUCUCUUAUUAAGUGCAGAGUUGGCGGCACUGAAACUCCGCCUUACUCGUCCACCAGAACCAACAGCAGAGCCAAAAUCUUCGAAUCAUCCUGCCAAUCGGUCGCGCCUUUCACUAGCGAUCAACAGAGACUCGGAAGAUCAGACGCCUGCGCCGAUUCCUCCACCUCCACAAUUUGUUGAGUGCUUGAAGUUCGGAUUCUCCUCCUCUGCCAGUCGCCUAGUCCUUGACGACUGGAUUCAGUUCCUUGUUGAAGUCCUACCAAUGUUUCCUGAUACGAUAUUCCAAAACCUCCUACCACUUGUAGAGUGUCUUUGCAAGCAGAUCAAUCUUACGUUCGAGCAGCUCAAGGUUACGUUCGCAAAGACACACCCCGCACCUACUGUCUCUCCCGAGUCGACUCUGAUCUCGCUCAUGAACGGAUUAGAGCAGAUAUUGGCCAAGGCGCACGAGCGUUUGACUACGCAGGAGACGAAAGUGUCUGCCAACAAGUCUCCAGAACAACCCCAGGGUUUCUUCAGCAAUGUCGUAUCUGGGCUGAUUUCCUCUGAUGCGAACCAGGCUCGCACUCCGACCGCAAAUAGUAGACUCACAGUUUUGCUUUGCUUCCAAGACACUGUUCGCAUAUGCUUCGCGAUAUGGUCUUGGGGUGGCUAUGGGAAUAUGCUCGAACUACAGGAUCACACGUCAGCGUCAUCAUUCGCUUACACCUCUUUACGCAUGCGCAAUCGGGCUCGCCGCACAUUGGAGCAUCUCUUCGCUGCGGAAGCUUUGGAGUGCUUGGAGACGUUAGUAGUUCUAUGGGCGCAUGCGGAAGUUGACGAUGUGCGAGGAGCAGCUAUUACAGGGCUUCUAAACGUCCUCAAUGGCUCAAAGCCAAAGCAUACCAUCCCAGCAAUAUUCAACGCUGUAUACAGCCGGACGGAUCCUGGGGCGUUGGACACCAAUCGACUAUCAACAUUGACCUCUGAUCUUACUGAUGCUGAACUAGUCGCCUUCCUCGUCGAGUAUACGAACUCUCUGGAAGAUGACGCCAUGGACGAGAUCUGGCAGGACUGUACUUUGUUCCUGCGAGAUGUGCUCGCAAAUCCCCUUCCUCAUCGACAGAUAUUACCUACAUUGCUGGAGUUUACCGCCGUCAUAGGGCAGAAGGUUGAUAAUACCAACUUUGGAGAGCAACGGAAGAUGAGAAGGGAGCUUGCUGAUAUCUUUACCAGAAUCUUGACUGCCAUUUUCACAACACGUUCGAUGGGCUAUCUGCAAGACACGAACCAAGCGGUAAACGAAAAGCCGGCUGCUGUGACAAAUGGCAAUCGCGCACAGAAGCGGGCAACCGAUGUCGUUCCCAUUCUGACUACCAUCGUACCGAAACUAUCGAUCAUCCUCGUCGAGAAUGACCGUGUUGCGAAGGUCGUCUCAGACGUAUCAGCAUCCGUCAUCGGACCAACCUUCCGCGCCAAAGCAUUCCCUGAAAACGUAUCGAGAAACACGUUGGAUCUACUCCAAGGCCUGACCAAGAUCUCGCCAGGUAACAAACUUCUCAAGAAAGACAUUUUCGAUGCUUUCAAUGACCCCAAGUUCUUUAACACACCGCUUUAUCUACUAAGAGAAGCUUGGCUGCCUAUACUUGCGCAAUGGACGCAAUCGGACAAGGAGCGACUGCCCGAGCUACUUGCACGACUGUCUGCGCCAACAACGGCUGGCAUCAUGUUCGGAGUUGGUGCAACAUCUGCGCGGCAGGAAGCCGACCGUAAAACCCAGCUUACUUUACGUCGCAUUGCCCUUCUCAUCCUUGCGAGUCCCGAAGAUGCUUUCACACCAAACAUACCACAAGUUCUGGAGAAGGUUGUCGAACUGCUUACCGCCACGCCAGCGUCGUCGCCAUCUUCAGUCACUCGUACCGACGUCAUCGUACUACUGCGUGCCAUCAUCUUGAAGACGUCGCCAGUCCACCUGGCGUCGCUUUGGCCAGUUGUGAACGGCGAGCUGACAUCCGGACUAUCCGCACUCCUACCAGACGCUCCAAACAAGGAGCACUACAACAACGCCGGCAUCAUUCAGACGUGCAAGCUGUUAGACGAACUCGUCGUACUAGACCCGGACGACUUCCAGCUCAUGGAGUGGCUCUUCAUCUCCGACACCAUCGACGCAGUAUACAAGCCCGAUACCCCGCCAACACUCAUGUCUCUUACCGAUGAGAUCAACGAGGUUCUCACAAGAUCAUCGACAGCACCUCCGGCUCCUGUAACUGCACUGAACGGGUCAGACACGGAUGAGCCCAAGAGGACGUUAUUCUUAGACCCGCUUAUCGAGGCUCUUGAGAAGGAAGAAGGUGCUGCAGUGUUGGAGAUGACCAGGGGAGAGUUGGUGAAUCGGUUGGUGAGGCCGUUCUUGGGCAAUCUGGCAAUGAACGCAUUUGAGGCUAGGUAUGGGGGUGGAGAAGCGGACUGGCAGGGUAUUUGGGAGAGUGUGGUCAGAGACGCGGGGGCUUGA